CUCUCCGCGUCACUGCACCCCUGACAGCAUCACUACAUCACCAGCCUGCUAUCCAAUCAUCAUGACUCUUCAUUAACUUCAAGGCUCCUGUCAACAUCACGAACCACUAGCUAUGUCGAACUCUAUCCUUUCCGCCUCCGCCAAAGGCGCCACUUUUCUCAUUAUCCUGCAAGUUGCUUCUCGGGCACUCACAUUCGCUGUCAAUCAGAUCCUGUUGAGAUUCUUGUCGCCUGAACUUCUCGGCGUCUCAGCUCAGCUCGAACUGUUCUCUAUUUCUGUGCUCUACUUCGCACGGGAGAGUCUACGAGUAGCUCUUCAGCGCCAAGCUCAGGGGGUCCAAGCUGUUGUCAAUCUCUCAUAUCUUGCAGUCAUUUCUGGAGUUCCGUUGACGUUUGGCCUCGCUCAUCUGUGGCUUCGGUCUGAUACGCCAAAUGUCCCCUACUUCGUGGAAGCUCUAAGCGUCUAUGGAUUUGCUACGAUCGUCGAACUUGUUACUGAGCCGGCAUUCUCAGCCGUGCAACAUAAGCUUUUAUACAAGAUUCGAGCCUCAGCGGAAAGUACUGGUACUGUGCUCCGCUGCGUUGGGACAUGUGGGUCUGCUAUCUUGGCAAGCCGAGCUGGUCUUGACAUUGGAGUCCUGCCGUUUGCGAUAGGACAGCUGAGCUACGCCUUAUCACUGUUUGUGGUCUACCUGUACAAGACAUGGCCUGUGUCGGAUGAGCACCGUUUCUCGCUGCUCCCAAAGCAAAUACCGGCAACAAAAGACGACUCAAGCAUACUCAACUAUUUCUCAGCUCCUCUCCUACGACUCACGGCAUCACUUACUUUACAGUCCGCCUUGAAGUAUAUCCUUACCCAAGGAGAUUCGCUGCUCAUUACGACAAUGGCAUCCCUUGCGGAUCAAGGAGCAUAUGCUCUGGCAUCCAACUAUGGAGGGCUGGUUGCACGAAUGCUGUUUCAGCCUAUUGAGGAAAGCAGUCGCAAUCUUUUCGCAAAACUUUGCGCGAAUGCAGAGCCCACGGAGGACGCCAACGACAUGAAAGCGAAGACUUUGGAGAAGGAUAAGGAUCAGCAACAGAGCCUUUUACAAGCCAAUAAGAUCUUGACCACAAUCAUACACCUGUAUACAAUCAUCUCCUUGUUCGCGAUAACUUUGGGACCAUCACUCGCUCCAAUUCUUCUUUCCAUCGUGGCAGGUAAGAAAUGGUCCGCGACCUCGGCCUCGAAGGUUCUGACCACAUAUUGUUACUACAUACCAUUUCUAGCAAUCAACGGUGUGACAGAGGCCUUUGUGGCAGCCGUUGCUACGAACAAGGAGCUGUACACACAAUCCAUCUCCAUGGGGAUCUUCUUCGCUUUCUUUGCUGGCAGCGCGUGGUUUUUUGUCGGACAACUCCAGCUCGGAGGAAGUGGGGUGGUACUCGCAAACACGGUCAACAUGGGCUUACGCAUCGUCUGGAAUACGUGGUUCAUGAAGAGGUUUUUCGGACAGAGAGGGUUGCAAUUCAAGAUUUCAGACACGCUACCAUCAGUUACGGCUCUUGCGCCAGCUGUCAUCAUUCCUACGUUGAUGCAGACAAAACCAGGUUUGCAGUAUGUCGCACAGUUCGGUGUGCUUGGGGAGCUGUUUAGUAUGGGUUUAGUUGGAGGUCUUUAUGUUCUGCAUGUUCUUUUCUUCGAGCGACUUUUCUUCUUAGACUGCUACCGGAUGCUGCGUCCUUCACGAUCUUCGCCGUGAUUUCGAUGAUAGAAUCAAGAUUCGCUUUUCAUAAGAAGUUUCCUCCGUUAGCGUUAUCCUCAUGCACCUUCUUUCUCGGCCAUGUGGAAAAGCUGGAAAAAAGCUACGUUAUUCCUAGUAAAAGACGCAACGAAAUUACAGAAACAAAUGCGACGAACAAAGUAAGUCAGACGUAUACCAGCAGCCAGAAGGCUAUGGAAAUUUUACGUUAACUUCAUGUGUAGUUAUUAAGCUGUUGCUAGACUUUGCUGAAGUUUUUUGGAGCUUGUACAAGAUACACCUUCCG